AGUAACGUGUGAGAUUCUGACACUCGACCAUCAGACUGUUUUCAUCCACCUCUGCGAUGUUCAAUUCAUGACUGUGACUGCGUCCCCCGGAGAGAGGCAGGGCCUGAAGAGAAGGGGAGUGUGUGUUGAGCAGUGUGAGUGGACCUGUUGUGUGUGAGGAUGGUCAACAUGACGCAGUGGUGGGCUUUACUCGCCGUCGUUUACCUGUCCAUCUACCUGGCAGCCACUCAGCAUCACAGGAAAGCGCUGUAUCCAUCUGCGUAUAGAAUAAAGCGUGGGACGUAUUUGCUGAUCAACCCCACGUUCCAGCGCUCGGUGGAGGACGUCAAGCUGCUUUUUGAGAUCCUGCUGGCUGGGAUGCAGAUAGAAGGUGAACAACACUCCAUGCUGAUCCCAGAUGAGGAGCUGGCCUCCCUGAGGAGCGUGGAGAAGCUGGAGGUCAUCUGCGAGGACGUCCUGCCCAAGAGUCUCUCCGACAUCCGCCGUCUGACGGCGGGGCUCGCCCAGCGCCAGCAGCCUCUGAGCUGGCAGGACUUCGAGAGGACGGUGCUGACGCUGGUGUACACCGCUCAGACGCUGGCUCGACUCAGCAGCCAGCAGCAGAGAGAGUUCUCAGCACGUCAGCGUUCAUCCGAUGCCGGAGCUACUGGCGCUGACUCAGGAGGACUGAUUGAUGAGGAGGUGAGGACUUGUGGUGCAGGAAUUUCCUUCCAAGACAGAGGAGGAUAAGCCUUCGCUCCGUGCGCCGCUCUAACGAUGAUGAUGAUGAGUUUUGGGAUGUUUCUGGCCACUACUUGACAGAGCGUAAAGAGGCCGAGAUAUUGAAGAAAACUGUGCAACUCAGGAUUUUAUUCCUGGUAUUGAGUGUGACAGCACUGACUUUCAUUAUAGUAUUCCCCACGCUUAAAAGCUCUGGGUUCCAUGUAUUACAUUCUCAAAUUGUGAUGCCUCCUUAGUUUUGGAUGGUAUUGUUAUUUACUUGUAGUGUGAAACUCAAGAAAUGUCCUUGCAAUCCUUGCAUGAAAAUACAUUUCCACAUAGUUACAAACUUGCUUCAAGUCAUUUCAUUUUUCUUUAUGCUUAUAGUCAAUUUGCAAAAUAUUAGUGUCAUUUUGUUAAGUUUUUUUUUUUUUUAAAUGACUCACUAAUUAAAUUGCGCUGCUUCUCCUUUAUCUCCAUCUCCUGCUCUGUGAUCGUGGUGCAAGAUUUAAUAUGAAAAAAUGACGCUUGAACCUGGGCUGUUGACUUAUCAGUGUCCUUCAUGAAAGAUGAGUCUCUAAUAUUUUAUCCAUUUAGUGCAUUGUCCCUAAAUGUCAUGUAAUAACCCCUCAGCAGCAUAAAGCACGUUGAGAGAGCAGCACCAAGUGGCUGCAGACAGAACUGCUGUGUCAGGGUUCUCCAUCUGGAAGUUCACGUCCUUAAAACCUGUGCAACCUCAUCACCUAAUAUCAUCUUUUUACAGUAAUUAAUUAACUGUAACAACUGCAUCAUCUCCAGAUUAGGAAAUAAUAUCAUGUGGUGCAAUUUAACCUGUCCUAACAAAUAGAUGAAGAGGUCAAUUAAGUGACAAUUGAUACUGACUUUCAAUGAAAAUGAUCAGUUUAUCCCACAAGGCAAACUGAUCAUGAAAAAUGCAUGCAUGUAUUAAAUGUAUUUUCAUUAAUAUCAAACAGUAGAGGUAUUUCAUAAUAAGUCAUUUGCCAGUGUAAAUACAGGAAGCCAAUAAUAUAUAUAAAUUGUGGCAGCUGUUGUUAUACAUCCAGCCAUAUGGGCUUUUAGAAA